UAUUUGCUGUAUUGCUUGAACUAAGUUUGGACUCUCCACUAGAUAACCAGAUUCAAAAUCAAACAAAUGCUAUUACAAAUAAUACUAAUCGUCUUGAACAAAGAGAAACCAAACUUAUUAAAAUUAUACCUUUUGCUGAUGCAGCAAUUUGGUAUAAUAAUGCUAAUCAACAAAAAGCUUUUGAAUACUGGGAUAUGCCAAAUCAAGCUAAUAAAAAAAUCUGUAAAUUUAUUACUAGUUUAAGAAUAGAAUUACAAAUAGCAGUAUGUCUAUUUGGUGAAAAUACUUGGAAUAGAGUAGUUAAUAGAGCAAAAAUCUGUGAACUUACUUGCUAUGGUGUUGCAAUAUAUAUUACUUCUAAUCUUAACAAUAAUAUUCUUACUCUAACUCCUAUAUCUUCUAAUUCUGUUAAAAUUAUAAUAGAAGCUCGCACUAAAUAUAUAAAAAAUCUUAAAAAGAAAAUUGAAAAGAAAUUAGAAAACAAUAACUAUUCUAGAAAAAACAACCAAAAUAAUAAUAAUAAUAAUAUCAACAAUAACAAUCAAAGAGAACCUGUUUGUUUUAAUUGUUUUCAACCUGGAGAUAUUGUAUGGGAUUGUUCUAAUCCAAGAAAUAAUAAUAACCAACAAAAUAACACUCUAUCAAAUAAUAAUAAUCAACCUAGAAAUAAUUAA